GGGAUCCCUAAUUUGGCUCCUCAACAACGUUCAUUCGUAAACCAUCAAUUAUCUUGUGAAACAGUUAAAGCGUGCAAUUUUUCGUACUUUCGCAGAUUAACUUAUUAAUUUAAUUUUAAUAGCUACAAAACGAGAAACGUCGUCUCCAGUAUUCCUUAAUUGUUAUUUAAAUCACAAACCUUCUACACAAAAUGUCAGCUGAUGAGAAGACUACCGCCCCUGCUGCCGCAACCACAUCUGAUGAGACCACCACAGAAAAUCUAUCAUCCGAAGCGGUUGUAGAGCGUGAACGCUCAGAAAAAAUUCUUAAAGCAAAAGAAUUAUAUAGUCAUGGUUCGCGUAACUUCUUGGUGAAAUCAUAUGCCGAAGCUGCCGAUGAAUUAAGCCAAGUGUGUGCUCUCUAUGGAGAACUGCAUGGCGAGUUGUCCGAUGAAUUGGGCAUGCCUUAUUUGUUGUAUGCCAAAUCUUUAAUUGCUUUGGCAUUAGAUGAAAACAAAGUUAUCGAUGUGCCUGACGAAGAAGACGAUGACGAUGAGGAGGAUGAAGAGGGCGCUGAGGCUGCAUCGGAAAAUGGGGAAAAGACAGCCACCAAUGGCACCAAAAUGGAGACCAUCAAAGAGGAUGGUGUUGAUUCCACAGCAACCGAAGAACCAGAGGUUACAAAACCAGAUUCUAAAUCCGAGGCAAAGUCCGAGGAGAGCUCACCCAUGGAAACAGAUAAGCCAGCGGAAGAAUCCCAAGUUAGUAGUACUGAUGAACAGAAAGCUACCGUUGAAGAAGGCAAAUCUCAAAAUGGUAAAGCCACAAACGGCACCAGCUCUGGUAUAGUCAAUGAUGAUGAAAAGCCCUCAACAUCCAAUGGAGAGGCUGGUGAUGACGCCGCAGAUGAGGAGGAAGAGAAUGAAGCUGCUUCAAAUCUUCAGCUUGCUUGGGAAAUACUGGAAUUGGCAGCUAAAAUCUUUACACGCCAGGGAGAAGCUGGUCGUUCAAAUCUUGCCGAGGUUCAUACAGAAUUGGGUAACAUUGAGUUUGAGAACAAUGUUUUGGAUUCAGCUAGGGAAGAUUAUCAAAAAGCCUUGGGCAUUUACCAAGAAUUGCCCACAAAUUAUCGUCGCGCUAUGGCCGAGAUUCAUUACAAAAUAGGUUUGUCCUAUUUGAUGCAACAGCUGAAUAAGGAAGGUGCUGGCUCUCUGAAGGAGGCCUGUAAGCUUAUUGCUGGCGAAAUUGAAGAAAUGAAGGCUAAAGCCGAUCUAACCGAUAAGGAUAAGAAUAAUAUACAAGAUAUGGAGGAGACCAAGCAGGAAAUUGAGGCAAAAAUUGUUGAGAUCGAGGAAACGCAAGCUCAGAACAUUGCCGAAGUUCGAGCUGCUCUCGAUAGUUAUAUCAAGCCAAUGAGUAGUGGCGAUGUAGAUGCCGGCAGCUCGAAAACUGCUUCAGCUUUUGAUGCUUCAUCCACAACAUCGGCCUCUUCGGUGGCAAUAACUUCUUCAUCGAAACCAACGGAUAUUUCACAUUUAAUUAAGCGUAAGAAGCCAGAAGAGGGCACAUCGGAAGCCGAAGCGGCAGCAUGUUCACCAGCCAAGCGCCCUGCAGUGUAAUUUUGUAGCCUACCAUCAUUACCAACACCAUAAAAUAACUGCAUUCCAUUUGUUAAAAACAACCACAAGAGCAGCAGCAGCAUUAAGCAAACAAUGCAAAUGGCCUCAGUGUAAUCUCUUCUGGGCCAGUACUGAAACAUAUUGCCCCGCCAAUUUUCAUCACCAUCACCAACCCAAUGUACUAUUUCUCCACUAAUUUGGUUGUGUCCAAAAACAGCGAUUUUCGCCACCUAACCUUAGUACUCACAUUAAAACAUACAUGAAUACUUUUUUUUAAGUUUUAAGUAGAAUUUGUUUUGUUUAUUUAGGGAAACUUUAAAAACAACUGCCUGUUAUGUUUUUUUCCUCUAUAUCAACGCUCGUCCUUUUUAAAUUGAGGGGUUUGAUUGCUAUUGUAAAAAAAUGUAAAUCCUUUAUCCCUCCCUUAAAAGGUUUCCCAACCGAAAUUAAAUGUUUUUUCAUGUUUGAGUUGUUUAUCUCAUGAGUCGUAAUAUAAAAAUUUUAAGUUUUGUUUUUUUAGAAAUUCAUGAUAAUUUUUUUUCUUUUUUAAAGGCCUUAUGGUUUUUUUUACAUCAGUUUUGUUUUGUUUAUAUAAUUCAUUCUUCCAAGAAAGAAAAAAUCUUUUAAUGAUACCCUUCUUAAUAUUUUAUACCACCAACUUACGGCAUUGAUACCUUGUUCUGUCGUUUUUUAAUUGCUAAUUGAAGAAAUGUAAUAUAUUGUCUCUUUACACAGGAGAUGUCCUUCUGCCUUUGUCAAGUAUGCAAUUCACACUUUUUUUAUUGUUCGUCAUGCUUGUCGUCUCUUAAUCAGAAAAGCAUACAUAAAUCACAUUUAAACACAAGUAGUAUUUAAGACAAAAGUACAUAUUAUUAUACCAUACGUAAAAAGAAGAAACUAAAAUAAAAUACGUUUUUAUUCUAAAAAGAAA